AUGGCUUUGCUGGUGGCAGUAGCAGAAGUGCUGCUGCUUCUGGCUCUGGCUGGGGAGUGCCAGUCCCUCUGCUCAYCCACUGCCUUUUACAAGAACUGCUGGAUCCGGCGCUUCCCAAGCCUCCUGGUUGACCUGCGGGAGUCCCAGAGGAGAGGAGCCCAGCUGCUGAAGGGCUAUGCAGAAGUCUCACCCCAACAGUGCAGCAGAACCUGCUGCCUUCUGAGGAAUGUAUCCUGCAAUCUAGCAGUGUUCUAUCAUGGAGUCAUUCAUGAGAACAUGAACUGCCUGCACAUGUCCUGCCCCGCUUUGGAAAGCUGCAUUCUAAAGGUUGGAGUAGAUGUCGUUUUGUACAAUAUCACAACAGGGAUUGAUCCAGAUCUUCUCAUUUUUGAGAAACUGAAAUCCCAAGAGCCAAUUGCUCACUCCUCAGCGAGUAAAUCCAAGAGGCAACAUAGCACAAAGAGCCCUGAGUGUGGAAGAUGCCAACAUCACAAUGCCACCAUGUCAGGUUCUCCUCUGCUUCGGGSUCCAUCUGCUGCCACAAGCCAUGGCUUACCAGCAAACACUUCCAUCCACAGCUGGAGCCCGACAAUGCAGACAGCUGAAGGUACUGCCUAUUCCAGGGCAGAAACUUCCCCAGCAGACGAUCAUUUUGCUGAGGGGACAAGCACUAGGUCUCUCACCAGGUCAGAUAAGAUGCCAGCACACUCAGCUUUGAGCCCCAGGCCUGCCGAGGUGUUAUCCCACAUGCCCASCCCUCCUCACCUGAACAGCAGCAARCAACAUCUGAACGAAACCAAAGGCUACAGUGGGAGGAAUUCCACAUCGGAAAACGAGGCAGCUGCCUGGGAAGCUGCAGCUUUMGGGGUCUGGCUGAUCCCUGUUGUCCUUUGCUCCUCUCUCCUCUGCCUGUGCUGUUGUACUGUUGCUCUCAAAGCUGGGCCCUGCAGCUACAGGAGGGGUCACUACAAACCCGUAAGGACAAGAACAAUAAUGGCCAGACAGCUCAUAAAAUAYGCUCCUGUCAAAGGUAAUCUGUGAAACACCAUCCUGAAUAAACAGGAUUUAGAAAAUGCAUCCCACACACCCACUGACUUCUCUUACAGAACCAAUGAUAAGUU